AUGAUUCCGAGGGUUGCUAUGAGGCGUCGCUCUGCAGAAGUUGCUCCUUCAGAGCCCACGGAGAAGGGAAAUGGGAAGAAUCAGACGAAUCGAAUCUGUGUGUUGGUGGCUUUAUCACUCGUGUUCUGGGCAUUGUUGCUGUACUUCCACUUUGUUGUCAUAGGGAGCAACAGUAUAGAGAAGCAGAUCCAGUUGCAACCUAGCUAUGCCCAAUCUCAGCCUUCCUCUGUCUCUCUUCGGGUUGAUAAGUUCCCUCUCGAGCCUCACAGAGUUCCUUCGAAACCUCCCAAAGAGCCUUUACUUGCUUUCGAUGAACCACCACUGAUCCCUCCUGCCCCAGUAGCCAUCUCUACUUCCACCUUCGAGCAUCCUAGAAUCGCGGAGAAAGAGGAGUUUCCGUUUGUAAGAGCGUUGAAGACAUCAGACAACAAAAGCGACCCUUGUGGUGGGAAGUACAUUUAUGUUCACGAUCUGCCUUCGAGGUUCAACGAGGAUAUGCUUAGGGACUGUAAGAAGCUUAGUCUCUGGACUAACAUGUGCAAGUUCACCACCAAUGCUGGCCUCGGCCCUCCGCUUGAGAACGUUGAAGGUGUCUUCUCCGAUGAAGGCUGGUACGCGACGAAUCAGUUUACCGUUGACGUCAUAUUCAGCAACCGGAUGAAGCAGUACAAAUGCUUGACGAAUGAUUCUUCUCUCGCCGCUGCCAUUUUCGUGCCCUUCUAUGCUGGAUUCGACAUUGCUAGGUACCUGUGGGGAUACAAUAUCUCGACCAGGGAUGCUGCUUCGCUUGAGCUGGUCGAUUGGCUCAUGAAGCGCCCUGAGUGGGAGAUUAUGAGAGGUAAAGAUCAUUUCCUUGUGGCCGGAAGGAUUACUUGGGACUUCAGGAGAUUGUCUGAGGAAGAAACUGAUUGGGGAAACAAGCUUCUCUUCUUACCGGCUGCCAAGAACAUGUCUAUGCUUGUGGUCGAGUCGAGCCCGUGGAACGCAAACGAUUUCGGGAUCCCGUACCCGACCUACUUCCACCCGGCAAAGGACUCGGAGGUGUUCGAGUGGCAGGAGCGCAUGAGAAACCUGGAAAGGAAGUGGCUUUUCUCAUUUGCAGGAGCCCCACGACCCGACAACCCGAAAUCCAUCAGAGGGCAGAUCAUCGAUCAGUGCAGGAACUCGAAGGUUGGGAAGCUGUUGGAAUGCGAUUUUGGGGAAAGCAAGUGUCACGCACCGAGCAGCAUUAUGCAAAUGUUUCAGGGCUCUCUCUUCUGUCUGCAGCCGCAGGGAGACUCCUACACCCGAAGAUCGGCUUUUGACUCGAUGCUUGCCGGUUGCAUACCGGUCUUCUUCCACCCGGGCUCUGCUUACACGCAGUACACGUGGCAUCUACCCAAGAACUACACAACCUACUCGGUUUUCAUCCCGGAGGAUGAUAUCCGGAAGAGAAACAUGAGCAUCGAGGAACGACUCCUCCAGAUCCCACCCGAGCAGGUCAAGAUAAUGAGAGAGAACGUCAUAAACCUCAUCCCAGGGCUGAUCUACGCAGACCCGAGGUCAGAACUGGAGACGCUGAAGGAUGCAUUCGAUGUCUCGGUACAGGCAGUGAUAGACAAGGUGACUCGGUUGAGGAAGAACAUGAUCGAGGGUCGAACCGAGUACGACAACUUCGUGGAGGAGAACAGCUGGAAGUAUGCCUUGCUGGAGGAAGGCCAACGGGAAGCCGGGGGCCACGUGUGGGACCCGUUCUUCUCGAAGCCUAAGCCCGGAGAAGACAGCAGCAGCGACGGCAGUGGAGGCACGACCAUUUCCGCAGACGCAGCUAAGAAUUCAUGGAAGAGUGAACAGAGAGAUAAGACACAGUAA